CGAAUGGAAAAGCCACAACUGUCGGUCAUUUGCAUCCAACCGUACGGUAAAAUAUCCUUAUAUAUAUUUUGUGUGUAAAGAUAACACCCUCGUGUAGACGUGGAACUAAAACUACUCCAACAAUGUGUUAGAACGCGAGGAUCAUGUGGGAGUCCUUGAAGGCAUCACGGAACAACAGGAAAAAAAGAGGAAGAGAUCCACGUCGUCGCCUCCCGCAUCUUAGUGGUCCGGUCCGGUCGAGUAAUGGUCUCAGUGUGUCCAGUCAUUCCAAGAAGCGGAUAAAGGUGACCAUAGUGGCGAGGAAACGGGAAUAAUACUUGCUUUUCGUACGGAGAGGACUGUAAAAAUGGAUCUGGAAGACGGAGUAGUGUACCAGGACGACCCGGGGACAUCAGCGAUGAUGUCUGAGCGGGUGUCGGGCCUGGCUAACUCCAUUUACCGCGAGUUCGAGCGGCUCAUCGGUAAGUAUGACGAGGACGUGGUGAAGGAGCUCAUGCCGCUGGUGGUGGCCGUCUUGGAGAACCUGGACUCGGUGUUCGCGGAGAACCAGGAGCACGAAGUGGAGCUGGAGCUGCUGAAGGAGGACAACGAGCAGCUCAUCACCCAGUACGAGCGGGAGAAAGCUCUGAGGAAGCACGCAGAGGAGAAGUUCAUUGAGUUCGAGGACACUCAUGAACAAGACAAGAAGGACCUGCAGAGCCAUGUGGACAGAAUGGAGUCCCACUCUAGGCAACUGGAACUCAAGAUCAGGAACUACGCUGACCAGAUCAGCAGGUUAGAAGAGCGCGAGAUCGACCUCAAGAAGGAAUACAACUCCCUUCAUCAACGCCACACAGAGAUGAUCCAUAAUUAUAUGGAGCAUGUAGAGCGGAUCAAAAUGCAGCAGGCUAGUGAGACGUCUGAGUCAAGCAGUGUUGGCCGAGUACGAAGAGACCGUCCUCUUUCAUUGGGCGUCUUUCCAACAUCCGGUGGGGCAUCUCUACUAAUUCCAGAGGCACAGACGCGUGCAGAGACACCAAGCACAGAGGGCUGGAGGUUCACAGACAAAACACAACCUCGCUCCAACACAAGCAUCCAGCAGCAGGACUUUGCCUACCCCCCAAAGGAAAAGGAGGGUAAGAGUGUGCAAGACUCUACUUGGGGGAGUUCACUGGCUGACGACUGCAAGGAGGAGAUGUCGGACUUCACUGGCUCUAAGUCAAUGUCCUCCACCGCUUCGGAUGUGGAGAGGGAGGAUGGUACCAGUAAGAGCACAGAGGUGCAAGCGGCUCCAGGGACUAGGUCGAUAUCAGUCGGUUUACCUGAAAAUGAGGACAGUUCAGAUGUGAAGGACAUCAUUGAGUCCACCCCUGAACUUGAUAUGGAUCUGACUGGCUACAAGGGAUGCAGCACCCCGACUAAAGGCAUUGAGAACAUGGCGUUUGACCGCAACACAGACUCUCUGUUUGCAGAGCUGUCGUCUACAGGGGCAGGUGUCAUUGGGGAUGUAGAUGAAGGUGCUGACCUGCUGGUGGAGUAUUCUGGUAUGGGCCGGGAAGUGGAAAAUCUCAUUCAGGAGAACUCGCAACUGCUUGAGACAAAGAAUGCCCUGAACGUGGUAAAUAAAGACUUAAUAUUGCAAGUGGAUGAGCUGACCUGUGAGAAGGAGAUGCUGCAGGGGGAGCUGGAGUCUGUGCUCCUGGCCAAGAUGAAGCUGGAUGACAAACACCGAGAGUUGGAGGAGGAACUUAAAAAAGUGCGACUUGAGAUAGAUGAGGUGCUACAUAAAACAAAAGAAGAAGAAGAUAGCGAUGUACCCACAGCCCAAAGGAAACGCUUCACCAGGGUGGAAAUGGCCCGAGUGUUGAUGGAACGGAACCAGUACAAAGAGAGACUAAUGGAGUUACAGGAAGCAGUGCGGUGGACAGAGAUGAUCCGGGCUUCAAGAGAAAAUCCAGCUCUCACAGAGAAAAAAAAAUCCAGCAUCUGGCAGUUCUUCAGCAGACUCUUUAGCUCCUCCUCCAACACCCCUGCCAUAAAGAAGAUGGAGCCUCAGUCCAAUAUAAAAUACAACGCUCCGAGCAGCCUGGUGAAACGAAGCAGCACAUUCUCUCAGUUCCCUACGGAGAAGUCCAAAACCUUCGACUUCCUCAAUGAAGACAAAGACCAGUGCAGUUCACCAUCACGCAAAGAGCAGAAGCGAGCCCAGUACAGACAGGUCAAAGCUCAUAUGCAGAAAGAUGAUGGGAGAAUCACUGCACAUGGCUGGAGUCUUCCAAGCAAGUACAAGGGGACUAAUGGUGGACAAACGGAGAACAAAAUGAACCUACCCGUGCCCGUAUAUUUGAGACCUUUGGACCACAAGGAUGCUUCUUUGAAGCUAUGGUGCGCUGCGGGGGUCAACCUUUUCGGGUGUAGGACGUCAAUCCAGUCUGAGCUCCCAAAGCAGAUGAAGGGCUCUCACAGUAGCCUGGAUCAUUUGGAGCAAGAAAACAAGGAACAAGAGAAAGUUGAACAGAAGGAGGAGCUGAUUCUUCAGGAUGAAAUGUCUAGUCGUGUGUGGGUGUGCACCAGCACCCACUCUUCCACCAAGGUCUUAGUUGUGGAUGCUGCUCAGCCGUCGGACCUUAUUGACAGUUUCUACGCCUGCAACACCCACAUCGUCUGCAUUGCCAGUGUGCCAGGUGUGUCGGAGUCCGAUUACCCCGCAGGCGAGGAAGUAUCUCAGGAUGUGGACGCAAGCCAAGGUGAUGUGGUGUCUCUGGCUGGCAGCGUGGCCAGCGUGGGCUCAGCAGGCAGUGACAGCACCCUGGCGGCUGAGGGGACCACCGCCAUACCCCAGACGGCCAGCAUAGGUGCUUUUGACCAGCCAGCAGAGCACAGUGCCAUCUCUAGCUCAGCUGAGUUGUCCAGGCAGACAAGCCCAGCAGAGGUUCCCACCGCAGAAGAGGCGACCGAAGCAACAGAGGCAAAUGCUGGCGUGAGUGAAGAGGGAGAUGAGGACCAGGGAGCCGAUCAAAGCCAGCCAGGAAUCUACACAGAGCACGUUUUCACUGACCCAUUGGGAGUAGGGCCCACUGAGUCCUGUUCUACUAACGUCCUAAGUGGCUCUGCAACAUCCUUGCCUGAUGACUCAGACCCUUCAGUUCUGGAGGUCAAGAGGAUGAGCAGUGCCCUUCCCACCAUGUGGCUGGGAGCCCAGAAUGGAUGUCUGUAUGUCCACUCAUCGGUGGCGCGAUGGAGGAAGUGUCUUCAUGCCAUCAAGCUGAAAGACUCUAUCCUCAGCAUAGUGCAUGUUAAAGGCAGAGUCAUGGUAGCACUUGCGGAUGGAACUUUGGCAAUUUUCCACAGAGGCCUUGAGGGACAGUGGGACCUGACAAAUUACCACUUGCUGGAUCUGGGACGGCCCCAUCACUCAAUCCGCUGCAUGACCGUCGUCCACGACAAGGUGUGGUGCGGCUACAGGAACAAGAUCUACAUCAUCCAGCCCAAAGCAAUGAGGAUAGAGAAGUCGUUCGACGCACACCCACGCAAGGAGAGCCAGGUCCGGCAGCUGGCCUGGGUCGGAGAUGGUAUUUGGGUGUCCAUCCGACUGGAUUCAACUCUUAGAUUGUUUCAUGCUCACACCUACCAGCACCUCCAGGAUGUGGACAUUGAACCCUACGUUAGCAAGAUGCUCGGUACAGGAAAACUGGGCUUCUCUUUUGUGAGAAUUACAGCUCUUGUGGUGUCCUGCAAUCGACUCUGGGUGGGAACUGGAAAUGGUGUCAUCAUUUCUAUUCCGUUGUCUGAAGCUAACAAGACAUUUGGAAAUGCUCCAAAUCGGCCUGGCAGUGCCAUACGGGUAUACAGUGACGACGGAGCAGAUGGCGUCCUGCCAGCUACCUUUGUUCCGUACUGUUCCAUGGCUCACGCCCAGCUCUGCUUCCACGGACAUCGAGAUGCCGUCAAGUUUUUUGUCACUGUGCCAGGCCAGGCAAUGCCACCUCCAGGUACUGCUGAUUCAGGCUCUGAUGACCCUCCGUCGGAAUCCUCAGACACAAACCCCACGGAGCCCAAAACGUACUUGGUGAUGAGUGGAGGAGAAGGCUACAUUGACUUCAGAAUGGGUGACGAAAGCGGAGAGCUGGACGGCGUGUCCGAACCCACGUCCGGCCAGCAGUCGGCGCCAACCAAGGCUGAGCGGAGCCACCUUAUCGUCUGGCAGGUGGCGACCUCUGUUGAUUGAACCACUGCCACACAUGGACCACCACUUUAGCCCCCGGCAUGCGCGACUUCAGUUUUUUAAAUAUUUCCUUCACUACUUUAUAAAAAAAAACAAAAAACAUUUAUUUUAUAAUUAGCGUUUUUGUACAGUAUGUUCCUAAAGGAAUUAGGGAUGUUUGCGUCCAGGAGUUUGGAGACACUGUGGCGAGUAGUGUGGACAAUUUUAAAGGACGACGCCAUUUCACGCUGGAGGACGCUUGAGGCAUUUUUUGCAGACAUGGAAGAAAAAAAGGGAUUAUCUAAGGUAUUAUUUCAUAUUUACACAUGACAAAACUUUAACGUUUGUAUACCACACGUCUCAGUGUCAGAGCUCAGGUGUGCGCGUGUGCAUGUGUGUGUGUGUGUGUGCGAUCAUCUCAGUUCACUGCAGGACGUAGAGUUUAGGCAUGUCGUGUUCUUCCCAUUUUAAAGUGGUACAAUUUGGUACCGUAAUGCGAUCUUGGCGCCUUCUCCGCCUGUUGACGAUAGGACCAAAGUGUGCUGCGUUCUGAAAAUGUACUUAAUUUGUGAGUUCCGCCGUACAAUAUAUCUAUCAAGAAAAUAAUUAAAAUUAUUUUCCUGAGAUAGAUCAUUAAAACUAGGGAUGGACAUACUAAUACAUUUGAAGAAACUAAGUUAAAGUUAUGGCCCUGCGAUGAGGUGGCGACUUGUCCAGGGUGUACCCCGCCUUCCGCCCGUUUGUAGCUGAGAUAGGCUCCAGCGCCCCCACGACCCCGAAGGGAAUAAGCGGUAGAAAAUGGAUGGAUGGAUGGGAAGUUAAAGUUAAAGUACCAAUGAUUGUCACACACACACUAGGUGUGGUGAAAUUAACCUCUGCAUUUGACCCAUCCCCUUGUUCACCCCCUGGGAGGUGAAGGGAGCAGUGAGCAGCAGCGGCGGCUGCGCCCGGGAAUCAUUUUUGGUGAUCUAACCCCCAAUUCCAACCCUUGAUGCUGAGUGCCAAGCAGGGAGGUAAUGGGUCCCAUUUUUAUAGUCUUUGGUAUGACUCGGCCAGGGUUUGAACUCACGACCUACCCAUCUCUAUCACAAUGCCACUGAGCAGGUGCAGUACUUAUCUGCAACUGGCGCUAUUUAGUAUGUGUGUAAUCUAAAAAUAUUUAUAAAAGAUACAACAAUCAGCAGUUAUAUUUCCAAUUAGGUGCUCAACAAAAUUGUGUCCCCAGUUGAUGCACAGAUGAGUGUAUACAAACUGUGAGUCGUGCACGUAGGCCUGGGCGAUAAGUCGAUUUUGUCGAUAUAUUCGAGGUUUUUACAAUUGCAGACGAUUUAAAAACCAAACAUAGAUUUUUUCCUCUUCUUGCUCCGACCUACUUUUUGCCCCUCAGCACCUUCCGUAGUUUGCGCCAUCCCCUUACUUCCUUAGCGGCACUAGCAAAACAUAGCUUAUGCUAACGCGAGACUUUAGUUCCAAAGAAAAGACAAGCGUUGUCACUGCUUUGGUUUGGCGGCAACAGGCGUAGAACAAGUGACUGUACGCUGCAAAGUUUGUUUCAAAAAGAGAGGAUCCAAACAAACGUAUUUUUGCAUCUGAAACCGAAGCCUCCAGUCGAGUGCGGGAAAUACAACUCCUUACAAGGCAAAGAAUACUGCAUGAACAAACAUACUACGGGCUAAAAAUGCAUCUUAUUUUGAUGGAAACGUUUCCACCAGGUAUGUAUGAUGAGGAAGAAGCACAAUGCGUAGAGCGAUCACUAAAGCAGUGACUCUGCACAUCGCCUAGAUCAGGGGUGUCAAACGUAGGGCCCGUGGGCCACGAACAGGCUUUAUCCGGCCCGCGGGAUGAGUUAGCUAAGUAUAAAAAUGAGCCGAAAUUUUUUAAUGAAAGAAACUUCUGCUAUAAAUGUGUCCACUCAAUGUCACAAUAGCAAUUAUUUGUAUCUUUGUAGAUGAUGCUACAUAUGUAAAAAAACAAAAAACACUUGAGGAAAAUGAGCAAAUUACAUAAAUAACAUCCUGUAAUUUCAUUUUGAUAUUGUUUAUCUUGAUAGAUUGAAAAUUAACACCAAUGAGUAGACUGAUGAACAUUGUCACAUAAUUUAUUCAGGAAGUAUAAAUAACGACAAAUAAAGAUAGAAUACUAUUAACCGCAACAUGUAAGUGUAAAAAAAACCCCAACAACAUUAUGAUUUGUACAUUUCCAGAAUGUGCUUGUUGUAUUUUUAAACAAAGAAAACAAUCUGAAGCUGUCUUUAUUUUUAAGUUAUUGUGCCGUGAUUUUACCAGUCUGGCCCACUUGGAAGUAGAUUUUUCUCCAUGUGGCCCCCGAUCUAAAAUGAGUUUGACAUCCCUGGCCUAGAUGUUUGAAUGAAAAAUCCUGCCUUUAUUACGAAAACUAUUAUAUAGUCUUCUAAAUGUUUUAUUGAUUAUUUAUUUGCAUACAUCGUAUAAUACUAUAUUUUUAUUUACAGAAGUAUUUUAUUCAAGACAGUAAUUUUAAGUUUGUACUUCACUGAUCGCAAUGUUGGAGAUUAUUUAUUUGCAUGCAAUGUGCGAUGUAACAUUUUUGUUAACAUAACUAUUUUAUUCAAGACCAAAGUAUUGCUCAUGAUUUAGUUUUUAAAAAAUAAUUCCAUAAAAAUUACAAUUUAUGUCUAGUCUAAAAAAAACAUUACACAAAUCAGAAUUUUGCUAAGAGUAAGAUGCAGUGUCAUUUCAAACUACUAGUUUUGAUCAAAUAAAAGAAAAUCUUGUUUUGAAUUAUCUCUGUCAUUUGAUGGUUUCUUUAAAAAGUAGGGGGAAAAAAAUCGGGAAAAACGUAAAUCGGUAAGAUUUUAUUUUUAGUCCCAAUCGCCCAGGCCUUGGUGCACAUGAAGUGAACUUAAUUUUGAGUUUUAUUUCGUCAUUCUUUAGAUUUGUUCACUGGUCAACUUUUAUUGGUGAACCAGCGUUCAAGACAUUCCCGUGUGUGUGCGUGGGAUUUUGUUUGUGUGUGCGUGUGUGAGUCUGCUCUGCAAGUCUAAGUUGUUUCCAUUUGUGUGAGAGGAUUUCAGUGCUUCCUCUUCUUGUUUCAUCGACACUUUAUCAUGUUAGAUUAGAUGAGUUUUCAUAGAUAAUGGGUGACAUACAUUAGUAAACCGGACCCACAGAAAAUAAAAUACAGUUGGGGCUUCCUCCAAACCCCCAAAAAACUGUAUUACUGGAUGAUAUUUUCUGGUGUUUCCUGAACAAGGGGUGUUCCGAUACGAUAAUGAUAUCUGUUCGAUAUCAGCAAAAAGAUCAUUACUGGAUAUGGAACUUUGCGAUACAAGCAGUCCUAAAGCACGUUUUUGUCCAAAACUAGACCGCCAGUUAACAUCUAAAUGUCCUCCAAUAAACACACAAGAUUGCUCUUGUACUUUAGUCAAGUCAUUUAGGUUAUAGGCUAUUAGGAGGGAGCAGCUACACGACAGCUAAGCACACAAUAGCACUUAAGUUAGACGUACAAAAUGUGUCCUUAAUUGAACAAUAUUACCCCCCCUGCGACUCCAAAAAAGGGACAAGCGGUAGAAAAUGGAUGGAUGUUGUCUAAAACACCACAUUUGUCAAUAUAUCAAGUAGUCAUAGUUGCAUAUUACUUACACAUACAAAGUAUCUAGUAACAAACGUGUCCGCAUCAAUCAAUUUAUUCAUGAGCUUAGCUUCAUGGACUAUUGUGGCCAAUAGGUGUCACCAAAAAAACAAUUACCACUCCUCUUCAAUUUAAAGACAGCAUGAGUCCAUUCUACCGUAUUUUUCGGAGUAUAAGUCGAAAGAAGGACUAUAAAAAGGAAAAAAACAUAUAUAAGUCGCACUGGAGUAUAAGUUGCAUUUUUUGGGGAAAUUUAUUUGAUAAAACCCAACACCAAGAAUAGACAUUUGAAAGGCAAUUUAAAAUAAAUAAAGAAUAGUGAACAACAGGCUGAAUAAGUGUACGUUAUAUGACGCAUAAAUAACCAACUGAGAACGUGCCUGGUAUGUUAACUAAACAUAUUAUGGUAAGAGUCAUUCAAAUAACUAUAACAUAUAGAACAUGCUAUACGUUUACCAAACAAUCUGUCACUCCUAAUCGCUAAAUCCCAUGAAAUCUUAUACGUCUAGUCUCUUACGUGAAUGAGCUAAAUAAUAUUAUUUGAUAUUUUUUUUUUUUUUUUUUUUAUAAUGUCCUGCCCAGCUUCUCAGGCAAAUCAUAUAGCAGAUGUAGAUGCCCAUAUCGGCUGUUCAGAUUUACUUUACAAAAGAGUAUUAUUAUAUUAUUUGAUAUUUUACGGUAAUGUGUUAAUAAUUUCACACAUAAGUCGCUCCUGAGUAUAAGUCGCACCAAACUAUGAAAAAAAGUGCGACUUAUAGUCCGAAAAAUACGGUAGUCCAUUUUAAGAAUACAUUGGUUAGUGUUUUUCAUACAUACCAUUGUUCUCUGAGUAAUUUCACUUGAUCUAACCUUUUGUAGCAAUUUCCCACGGCAAAAUAAAGUACGUACAUUUCCUGCUGAUAUCGUAUUGGAUCAAAACAGGUAUUGGCCAUUAACCAACGUGCCAUCGGAAGUGAAAAAAGCUGUAUCGGGACAACCCUGAUUGGAACUAAAAAAUAUGUUUUCUUAAGCUCACCCACUGAGGUUUGUUUCACAGGAUUGAAAAAUAAGAUUUGCUUUAUUUUUCUCAAGCUGCUGUGCCUCCCACUUUUAGAAUCUUUGGAUUGAUUAGAAGAACAAUAACCCAAACUACAGCUCUUAUGUGCCAAUAAUGCGUGGGCCCUGAAAAGGAAGUAGAACGACUACUAUAAUCAAGUAAAGUUUGAAUAGGACGUUUUGGCCAUGUGUAAUAUUUGAGUGUGUCAACAUUAUCUAUUGAGGAUUUUUUUGUUGUGUUUUUUUUUUUUUUUCCUGAAUCCGUCUUUUAAAUUUUGCAAGUAUUUCAAGAGACUACUUGGUCAUUUUGUCUUCUUACCAUUCCAGUAUUUAUUUGCUUUGUAUAAGAGCCUACCUUGGUUCAGAAUGUAACUUUUUAUGAAACCAGGCUUUUUAUUGGUAACAAUGAGUUUACAUGAUUGUUCAUUUUAAAGCAUUAAAAUAAAUCGUUUUUGGCAAGCCACCGGAUCAAAUUUUGCUGAGAGUAACUAAAGAGUUUGAUGUUCUAAAGCUAUGCAUGUUUUUAAGACCACACUGCAAUGUUGGUGUGUAUGUGGAAGAGUUUGAAAGCAAAACACAUAUGUCCGCCCGUUUGUUUGUGGGUGGCUGAUUUUUUUAAAUUUUUUUAUUUCCUAUCGUGUAUGCACUUUGUGUGUUUCCAUCUGUAAAAAAAACAUUUCUGGAUGCCAUAACAGUUUUCCUCCUGGUCAGUGUUUUUGAAAUGAACAUCAUAGCCUUAUUUUUAACAAUCUAUUAAACUCACCAAAAUCAACUUGGUGUUGUCCUUCUCUUUAUAAUAAGAUACGUGCAUGUUUAU